CUAGAUACGUAUGGUUAGCGCUGCAUCUUCGAAUAUUCAAAUAAACCCAGAUUUGUUUGCCGCAAAUUAUUAUUAAAGACUCUAGCUUUGCUUGUCUUAUCUAGUUAUCCCUAUUGUCCACGGUCCACGACUAAGAGUAGGAUAAAUAGAUAGAGGUGGAGAGAGAAGGGGGGAUUUGAUUGAGUGGAGAGAUACAGGGAGAGGGAUCACUGUGAUUGAUUUGCGCCGCAAGAAUUGGGUGGCAGAAGAUCAAAAGCUCCUACCUUGGAGCUUGAAAACGAAUUUAAAGAUCAGUAAUAGAUCGGAAAGAUAUAGGAUACAAGAUUUUCUUGCUCAGUCACUUCUGCUUGAUUCUGAAUUUGAAGAGAUUAAGAAGAGGCAGAAAAAGGUUCAGCUUUGGUUGUGUUUGGGGUUUCCAUAAAUGAGUGUAUUGGGUUUGUUGGGCUGCAUGAGUCGAGAUUUUUACCCUGUUCUUUUGUCCUUAUAUCAGUGGGUGGCGAAGGAUUUAAGCUGGGAUUAAGUCCCGAAAAGAUGGGGAGUUCUCAUGAAUCUUUGACCAAUGGAAAACUGGAUGUUUCGGGUCUCCAGAUUAUCAAGCACCCUCUAUUGUACCAGUCCUAUGGCAAAUCGUUACUUUCUUGGCUUGAUAUAAGGGUGUUCUAUAUCAGAGUCAGCAAUUUCAUGGUCGAUGAUUCAACUCCGGGGAGUCUCACUCUUAACCAUAUACCUCUAAGCCCCGAUACACUCCUUGAAGUGAAUGGCGCGAGGUGUUCAAUGCAUUCAGAAGGAGCAUCUUGCAUUUUGCGGAGGGACCGGGUGGAUAAGAAAUCUGAAGAAGCUACGUUUGUGAGCACAGACAGUAUAAGAUUGACGGGGAGUGUGAAGUUUGAGGUUUUUGAUAGAGAUGAUCUUGUGCUUUCUGGGGUUUUGGAGAUUUCCAAUAGCAACGGUGUUAUAGGGGAAUCAAAGAACGGUGUCAGGAAAUGGAAAAUGAAUUGUGAACCAGUGAUGAGUGCUGGCUCUGGAUUUUUGAAGGGAAAACAUAUCUCGGGUUCUGAUUCACCAACAAUCGAAGUUUACGUUGCUGGAUGUUUCUCCGGGACUCCAAUCAUCUUAACCAAGAGUUUGCAGCUUAACCACUGGAAGAAACACCACAGAAAGGGGAUUUUGGGUUCAAUUCCCGAAGAUGAUGGAACAAGUGAUGCACAAAAAGAUGUCGCCUCUUCUGGACUCGAUCUGCAGGUACCGGACUAUACGAGUUACAAACCAGAAAGCGAAGAAGACUACGACAAUGCAUACUGGCGACACACAGAAUAUCUGGAUGGCGAAGACGGGGAACUCUCCUGGUUUAACGCGGGGGUCAGAGUAGGAGUUGGGAUUGGCCUCGGGAUUUGUGUGGGAAUCGGGAUAGGGGUUGGAUUGCUAGUCCGUAGUUACCAUUCCACUACUAGGAACUUCAGAAGGCGGUUUAUAUGACAGGGAUGAUGAUUUACCAUGUUUUGCUGGUUUCUACAUUUUAAUGUUGUUGAGUUGCUAACAAAAAGGGAUGAUGGUUGGUUUUUGAGUGCCUUUUUUUUUUUUUUUUCACUUUGUAGACAUUUUACACUGCUAACCUUUUCUUUUGCUGUAAGAUUUCUUUGCCUUCUUUACCUUUUUCCUUGUAUUUUUCAUUCUGUUUAAAAAUCUUUCACUGGGAAGUUUUCUUGAUAUAAAGUGUGGCAAUUCAUCCUUGAUUGAAUAUGGGAACUGAGAUUACAUGUA